AUGCACUGCCGCGACUCCCCGAAGUUCACCGAGUACCUCAGGCUGGCGAGGGACUCCGGCUGGCAGGACCUCGUCAGCGAGGCCGCCUUGACAGUGGGAGCGGAGGACUGCCUGGUGGUCGUUGACAUGCAGAACGACUUCAUCCCCGCCGACGACGUGAAGAAUCCGAGGGGGGGCGCUUUCGCCGUCGCGGAGGGCGAGGUCAUAGUCCCCAUGGUGGUCAGGCUGAUGGAGCACUUCGCAGCGAGCGGUGCCCUCGUGGUGGCCACGAGGGACUACCACCCGAGGGACCACUGCUCCUUCAUCUCGGAGGGCGGCCACUUCCCGGCGCACUGCGUGCAAGGCACGGAGGGCUCGCACUUCUAUCCCGACAUUGCAGCCUGCAUGGCCGAUCUGAAGACCGUCGGGCGCCGUGCAGAGGUGGUGUUCAAAGGCUUCCACGAGGACAUCGACUCCUUCGGUUCUUUCAAGUACCCCGAGCAGAGCCACACCUGGCAGCGUCUCAACUUCAACGAGAGGCCCGACCGUCUCUACGGCUGUUCGCUGUGCUCCUGGACCGGAUGCGUGUCGCUCAAGUGCUCGAAUCAUGACAACGAUAUAAAUGCCCCUCCGGAUGUGCUGGCGGCCCAUGCCAGAGUGGACCUGGCCGAGAUGCUCAAAGCACAGGGCACGAAGCGCGUCUUCGCUUGUGGCCUCGCCAUGGACUUCUGCGUUCUCGACACCUGUCUGAAUGCUCUGCAGUGCCUCCCCAGCGUCUCGGAGGUCUCUCUGCUCCUGGACGCCGCGCGGGCCGCCUACCUGCCUGGCAUCGGCCAGGUGGGCAGCGGCUUCCUAACAGACUUGAAGGAAAUGGCUGGCAAGCUCCGCAGCAGCAAGGUCGUCGUCAGGCCAAGCUCGGCGGUGCUCCCACGAAGCUUCUCUGCAGAGUUGCCGUCGCUCCUGCGCCACGAGAUGAUCGGCAAGGUCUUCCCUGAACACUUGGGCCCCUUCGCCCUCAUCCCAGCAUCGGACCUGAAGCUGACCUUGAACUGGAAGACGCAGACGUACGCGGCCACUCAAGAUUCGCCCGCGGUGGACGUGGGGGCUUUGCGAGCCAACAACGUCGAGCCGUCAGGCAGCAUCUCAGGGAUCCACAAGCUGACGCUCAGCCCCGAGAGCCUGGAGGCGAUGGGCGUCCCCAGGAACGCGACCCACUUUGCGUGGGCCUACUCGGUGGAGCUCGGCACCUUCGUCGACCAGGCCCGCGCCUACUUCUCCAUCACCACGCCGGCGGCGGCCUUCUUCGUCUUCGGCGGCUUCGUGUACGUGGACGCGGCCCGGGAGGUGGUGGCCGUGAUGUGCCUGUCGCUGGGCAGCGGCCUGAGCUUCGGGGCGCGCGAGGGGCUCGGCCUUGGGGCCUGCGCGGCGCUCCGGGGCCGCUGGCAGCCGGUGACGGCGCCCUUCAUGAUGCGGAAGGGGGCGCGGAAGUACGCCUGGAUCGGGCCCAAGGAGGUGCUCGCGGAGGCCGCGUGGACGGCUCCGCCGUUCGGGUGCUUCCGCGGUGGCGGACAUCUUCCAUGA